CACGCGCAGAUUGUACGUUUUAAACCCCAACGCUCAGGCCUGUUUUUCGCUUUUUGCCUGCGUGAGAUCCUGUACUUCGGUUGUUUGAAAAAAUUGUUUUUGACCAAGUGUGUACUUUCACCCUCAGUCCUGGCCAGAGACGUGCUGUUCUCAAUAUUUACACAAGUGACGGGGUUUCUCUGGACCGUCCUGUUUUCCUGUAAGCAGUGCUGGAGUCACACACAGACCAUCUCUGUCAGGAGAUAUAACUGAAGGGAAUGAGCAGAUUCUCGGAUUAACUGAACAUCCAAACAGUCGAACUCGUAGCGGUGAAGAUGAAUUCCUGGCUCGUGCGCGCGCUCGCGGUGACGGUCGUCUUCUGUUGCCGUGACGCCCUCUCGUGUCCGAAGCGAUGCACGUGCCACUUCAGCGCCAAAACAACCGAGGUGGUGUGUCCGGACGCCGGCCUCUCGCGUUUUCCUGGAGACGGCCUUCCAGGCAACACCACCUCCCUGACCGUCCAGUUCACCAACCUGAGCGUGCUGACCUCUCAACACUUGACGGCCAUCCCGCUUCUGGAGGAGUUACACCUGCCCGGAAACAAGCUGAGCAGUUUACCAGCAGAUCUCCUGAAGGGCCUCAACUACCUGCACACUAUAGACCUCACAGAUAAUGAACUGCGGGAGCUACCUGCAUAUGUUUUCCAUCAUGCUCCGCUUCUCAACCUGGUUUUGAAGGACAACCGCAUCUCCAGCAUCCACCCGGACUGGUUGCCCGGCAACAGCAAUAUCACUUGGUUGGAUUUGUCCGGAAACCAUUUGAUGAAAUGCCCAAUGCCCCAACUCCAAAGUCUGAGUCAGCUAAAGGUUCUGCACCUCUCGCAAAACAAACUCGAGGAGCUUUGCUUUGACGCUCACCCUGCUCUAGAGAGGCUUCAUUUAGACCAGAACAAAAUCCGGUCCCUGGAUGCAAAAGCCUUUAGCCUCUCUGGUAACCUGACUCACGUCUUCUUGCAGAAAAAUAGGUUAGAGAGUGUCCCGCCAGCUGUAUUCCAGGGGCUCAAGCGCUUGGAGUACGUCGAUCUCAGUGACAACAAGCUGCAGUUUUUGUCCCCUGGCACAUUAGACAUUAAUACCAGUUGGGUGGAGUUGACCUUUAACCCUUGGCAUUGCGAUGCUAAAAUAGAGUACCUGUGGAGAAAACUGACCAUGGAGUCCCUUCAGUCCGAGCCCAAAUGUACUGCUCCAGAAAAUCUGAAAGAUCGUGUCAUCGCAACACUCACCCGCAAAGAAAUGGGCCUGCCGGAGUAAAAGAAACAAUAUGAUCUGGAAGAGAAAUAGAUGAAAAUAAACAAAAGCAAAACGAGAACUUUUAUCACAUCAUAAUAGAUCUUUAAAAUGGAUUAUGUGAAUGCUUGCAAUCUGCAUUGCAAAUAAAGAUUUAUUAAUUUUU